AUGAAAGUUUUCACUACCUUUGCUUUCGGAGCAUUCUUCUUCGCCUCCUCUGCUUCUGCUUUUCCGAUCGUGCGCCGAAAGGAAGUCGUUGAGGCUGGUAAAGUUGUGAUGAUGAACAAUAACACCCAGAACGACGAUAAAAAGGUGUUGGGCGGCAACAAGGCUGGUGCACUCUACUUCAUCACCAACGAGAACGACGGGAACUUUGUCGUGUCUGCCGAUAUCGGCGAUGACGGUAAAUUGGGUCUUCGGCAAGCCAUUUCCACCGGUGGUGCUGGUGUCCACGGAAACGAUGGUAACAAAAACAAUCCUGGCCCCUUAUUCUCUGCGGGGAGCGUUCAAGUUAGCGCUGCAUCAAAGAUGCUUGCGACGGUCAAUUCAGGAUCGAAUACCCUGUCACUUUUCAGCAUCGACGAGCAGGACCCUGCUGUUCUCACUAGAGUUGGAUCGACCGUCGGUAGCGGCGGAGAAUUCCCCGUAUCGGUCGCCUUCAACUCCAAGGGAGACAAACUCUGCGCGUUGAACGGAGGCGAAGUCAACGGAGUUAGUUGCUUCAAGGUAGACAAAGAAAACGGACUCACACCCUUGUCCGGCACGAACCGAGCUUUGGGCCUAAAUCAAACUACCCCUGCCACUGGGGCGCCUGGAAGCGCUAGUCAACUUAUCUUCUCCGAAGACGACAAACAAUUGAUUACGUCGAUCAAGGGGAUUCCUGGCGGGAAUGCCACCAACGGGAGAGGUACCGUUGGAGCACUCGCGAUCUUCGAAGUGGCCGACGACGGGUCGCUCUCCAAGGAUUUCAAGGUCGUGGCCCCUCCAGAGAAAGGCCUCGCUCCCUUCGGUAUGGCCAUCGUUCCCAACAAGACUACGAUCAUUGCCGUCGCCGAUCCCGCCGUUGGAUUGGACGUUUUUGACUUGAGUCAAGUUGAACAAGGCGCCAAUAAAUCCGUUGCUACUGCCAUCGACAAGCAACAGGCUGUUGGAUGGAUAGUUCGUAGCCCGACAACUGAAAACUUCUUGCUCAGUGAUUUCGUGACUGGACUAGUCACGGAAGUGAAAGUCGGGGAUGACCUGAAAGGAUCUGUUGUGUCGGAAACGGAUUUGGGCAGUGACAGCGGAACCAUCGAUAAUGCCGUUGCCACGGUUAAGGGUAAAGAUUUCUUGUAUGUUAUGUCAAGUAAAGCCAAAGCAAUCGAUGUCCUUGCGCUCGAUAAAACGGCCAAACCCUCCAAGAUACAACGGCAAGACCUCGCUGAAGCAGCCAAGGCGGCGCAACUCACUAUCAGUUCCGCCAACUUGUCAGGGUUAGCUGCUUUCGUGAAGGCGUAG